CCUGACGGCCCGGCCUCCACACGCAGGGCCGCCUCAUUUCCCUGACGGCCCGGCCUCCACAGGCAAGGCCGCCUCACUUCCCUGACGGCCCGGCCUCCGCACGCAGUCCCGCUUCACUUCCCUGACGGCCCGCCUUCCACACGCAGGGCCGCCUCACUUCCCUGACGGCCCGGCCUCCACACGCAGGGCCGCCUCAUUUCCCUGACGGCCCGGCCUCCACAGGCAAGGCCACCUCAUUUCCCUGACGGCCCGACCUCCACAGGCAAGGCCACCUCAUUUCCCUGGCGACCGGCCUCCGCACGCAGGGACGCUUUCACGCACAGCCUGCUCCGCAGCGAGAGUCGGGAGGGUAGAGGUUGACAUCCAUCCUCCGGCCUGGGAAUGCCUUCGGAAUGCGCCUUAGGGCCUCGCGGGUCUGAGCGGUUCACCGGCUAGAGGCCGAGGGGACAGGCUUGUCGGAAACAGCGCAGUGGUCGGCGGCCCCGGUGGCUGGGCGCCCAGUGAUGGCUGUAGAUGCAACACUUCCCAAAAAGUGGCUUCGUCAUUUUCUGUUAUUUUAAAUUGAAGCUGGGAUUGAUUGACCAGAAUUACUUUUGUAAAUUAGUGUGUCUUUCUCUUUGCUUUUAAAUGUUUAUCUUAAAUAGAAAAAAGCUCAGAAGAGGGACUUUUUAAUAGGAUAUAUUCAAGGUGGGUUUUUUUUUUUUUUAAACUAGCGCCUUUUUAGUAACACUUUUGCCUGAUACUACACUGAAAGAAUCAGGAUUGUGGAGCUAUAAAUUGAAGCAGUGGUUAUGGUUUACCAACCAAAUUUUGUACAAACACAAUUUGAACAAACAAAUGAUUCUUUGAGAAAACCAAAAGUAGAAAUCAGCUCCAUAUGAAUUUCAAAUAUUGUUGCGAAAUUUUUGAGUGUGCUGGCAAGAGUGAAAGACUAUGAUUUUGCCCUGGUUCUGCCCGUACAUGGCACCUCUCUCAGCUUCUUGAACCCACGUUUCCUUGUCUGCCUUAGCCACUUCAUGCAUUUCUGGGAGAAUUAAAUGAGAAGCAUUUGCACUGUACUGGCAAUUGCUGGAGAAGACUUUUCAAUUGUUGCUUCUGACACUCGAUUGAGUGAAGGGUUCUCAGUUCAUACCCGGGACAGCCCGAAAUGUUACAAACUAACAGACAAAACGGUCAUCGGGUGCAGCGGUUUCCAUGGUGACUGUCUCACGCUCACUAAGAUCAUUGAAGCAAGACUAAAGAUGUACAAGCACUCCAACAACAAGGCCAUGACGACCGGGGCCAUCGCUGCCAUGCUCUCCACCAUCCUCUACUCAAGGCGCUUCUUCCCCUACUACGUCUACAACAUCAUUGGCGGGCUCGACGAGGAAGGGAAGGGGGCUGUGUACAGCUUUGACCCAGUGGGGUCCUACCAGAGAGAUUCCUUCAAGGCCGGGGGUUCAGCCAGUGCGAUGCUGCAGCCGUUGCUUGACAACCAGGUUGGGUUUAAGAACAUGCAGAAUGUGGAGCAUGUCCCGCUGUCCCUGGACAGGGCGCUGCGCCUGGUGCGGGAUGUCUUUAUCUCUGCUGCUGAGCGAGAUGUGUACACUGGGGACGCACUACGGAUCUGCAUUGUCACCCAAGAGGGCGUCCGCGAGGAGACUGUGCCCCUGCGGAGGGACUGAGCUGCUGACCACUGUUGAGUCAGGUCAGCUGUAUCUGCGGCUGUGGUCUGCAGCUGUGGGCCGGCCACCUGCUUAGUUCAAGGCCUGGUGGCUGACCUGCUUCAUCACUGGGCCUGUGGGCAACCCGGUUUAUUAAAGAGCCUGCGUGCCAUGACCGUGUUGUCCUCUCUUGGCUGCGAGCUUGCCAACCCUCCCCUUUUCUCUCUCUGUGAUUUUUAUGUUUCAGGGAUGAAAACUUCCCUAAACAGAGGUCAUGUCAGCUUUCCUUAUGUUAAUGAGCAAGAAGUAUAUGCAGAAAAGUCAACCUUUGGGUCAACUUAGUCAUCUUAUAGUGGUCAGCCCACUCUGUGAGGAGGGCCUUUAGGCAUUCUUGGGUCCAGGCAGCGUGCUCUCAGGGAGGGUUAUCUUUAAACCACACAAAGGGGUGGCUUACUCUGAUUUUAUUAUGAUUUUCAUGGGUGAAAGUGGGCUACCUCAGGAUUUUCAUUCCUUUCACUGUUAAGAAGCAGUCUGGAACGGAUGGCUGUAUUUUUAAUGAAAUUAACCAGAGUGGAUGCAAAAUUAUAAAGACAAAUAACUCUCUAAACAGGCUUUAGUCAGAGAUCUGGAAAAAUUGUUACACACACUGCAGGACCUGAUUUUUGAUAGCAUUAAAACAGCUUUUGUUUAGA